AUGCCGCGACGUAGAGCCCGCGCGGGGCGCCGCAGCCGCAUAACAACCGACAUGAAGAAAUACCUGUGUGACAGACUCACUGAUGAUCCCGAGCUGCACGUUGAAGAGAUGGUACAGCUGUUGCGGGAGAAGUUCGACGUCGAGAUCUCGCAUAGCGCACUCGGUCGAGCUUUGAAGGACUGGCCGCGAAAGAAAAUGCGUCGCAUCGCCCAGCAGCGAGACGAAGAUCUUCGAGACUAUUAUCUAUACACACUGGCAAAACUUCAAGUCGAGUCUUUCCAUAUCGUUUACUUUGAUGAGUCAGGCUGUGAUACUCAAGUCUGCCACCGUCGCUCAGGCCGGGCACCAAAGGGCAAAACACCCAUAAAAUACAACAAGUUGAAGCGCGGGAGGCGCUGGCAGAUACUGCCAGCCUUUACCCAGAACGGUGUACUCAUGUACCGGGUAUACCAGGGCCCGACUGACAAGUAUUUGAUCGAAGACUUCAUGACCGAACUUCUGCAUUUUUGCGAACCAUUUCCUGGACGAAAUUCGGUCAUAAUCAGGGACAAUGCAUCAGUCCAUCGCUCGCCAAAAAUCAAGAAAAUGUGCGACGAGGCAGGUGUGCUAUAUGUUGAGCUGUCUCCAUAUUCUCCGGAUUUUAAUCCAAUUGAGGAGUAUUUUUCCAACCUCAAGACCUUCAUCAAGAAGGCAUAUAGAGAAAACCAUCAGGCCGCGGAGUACGAUUUCGGCUUCUUUUUGAAGUGGUGUGUCGAGGUGGUUGGAGAUGAUGAUGAGUUGGCUAAGCGGCUGUUUCACCAUGCUGGAAUCCCCAUCACAUAUCCGGAGUACUAA